AUGGAAGAAACACACCCUCUAGGCUCUACACGGUCUCAACCGACGCGAUGCCGCCAAUAUCCAAGCCCACCGCCAGGUCUAUCAGCAAAAGAACAUGCUGACUGGGUCUGUCAGACAUUUGGUAUUCGUAGCUCCUAUCGCGACCAAAGCCUGCAGGCUAAAUUCAGGCGACAAUUCCAGGCUCAGGCACGAAGGCAGAAGAAAAAGAUGGAGAGGGAGAAGGCGGAGAGGGAGAAGAUGGAGAGGGAGAAGAUGGAAUCUACCCUACCGCCGGAGACAGACGUCCAACUUCCAGGAGGCAGGGGUGAUCCAAAUCUCCCACGAUCAGAUAGGCCAUUAGCCGAAAACUUGUCGGCAGACCCAGAGCUCACCAUUUUCUCGCCGGCGCGCACGUUCAACACCACGUACCGCCCUGGUUGGGAGCGGCUAACAAACAACCUUAACCUUGACAGUACCAGAAUUUGUGAGGAUAACCCCACAUGGAGAUUCCCAUUGCUACCUCUUUCUUUCGAAGCCAUGGCCAACCGCCUAGGGGCAAUCUCUCAUAUUCUUCACCGCAAAAUCACACCCAAUUCAAGACUGAUCCUCGCUCGCCCUGUUUCGACGAUCCAGAAACCUGAGUCUGACCUAUUCAAGUACACACCCGGACGAUGGAUUGUACAGAAUUACGGCGACGAGAUAUCGGAAUCACUGCAAAUCCCCACGUUACCGAGCAACUUUGACGAAUUGGAAGAAUUCGAGCAAUUCAAGCAAGCGGAACUCCUGCGCAGGCGUCAGCUCCACUAUCACUAUGUCAAACAGACAGCAGAAAAAAAUCCCCAGCAUUACGAAGCUUUAACCUAUGAUUUCAGUACCUUAAGGCGACGGCUCUAUGACCAUGCAAGUGACCCUUGGGAGGUUGACAAUAUGACCUUGAAAGCAGAUUUAGUUACACUGUCAAGAAAUUGGUCGGGGAUGAACCGCGAUGCGAAAGCUGCUUGCCCAAUUUCUUUUUCGGAUGACGAGUCAACCGAGUGUCUACGAUUGGUACGCGCUCAAUCUGAAGCAGAUGAACAAUUUAAGGCUUGUCUCGACGGGAUAGGAGUUGGAGGCGAGGGAUGGGUGCCUAUCGAACAUUAUGAUGAAGCAAGGAGACGCGAGAGGAAAUUGAAAGCAGCCGCUCUCGAUGCCGCUGAAACUGAGGAGGAAAGAGCCAGAGUCCAAGAAGAUUGGAUUUUUGACGGCUUUUGCGAAGAGGAUUACAUGUGA